GUGGCAGCGCACGCGCACAAGGAGACUGCCCGACAGCACAGUUGGUGGAAUCAUGUUGGGCUCGGAAGCCGAACGUGUGCUGCUCUACCUGAGCGAGGUGGAGGCGCUGGCAGAGGAGGUGCUGGCCGACAAGCAGCAGAUAGUGGACCUGGACUUGAAAAGGAACCAGAACCGGGAAGCCUUGAGGGCCCUUCAGAGAGACCCCAGCCAGUCGGAUAAAGUGAUGGUUUGUUUUGGAAACAUGUUCAUCAAGCUUCCCCGACCACGGACAAAGGAUAUGAUUCAGAAAGAUCAGGAGCACCUGGAUGAGGAGAUAGAGAAACUCCGGAAACACCUGAAAGGGAAGGUCAACCGUCUCCUGGAAGCCCAAGGUAAACCAGAGUUGAAAGGAUUUAACCUGAAGCCGCUGAGCCAGGAGGAGAUGAGAGCCCUUGAUGUCAUCUUGAAAGGAUGAAGUUCUGCAACCAAGGACCGGCAUGGGAACUUAAACCAUUGACCCCCAAAUGUCCACAGAAGAACCGCUUCACAGCCAUGACGUUAGGGUAUAGUAGGAACUAGCUUCAGAAAUCUAUCAGAUAGCAAUUUGCUACUGAAGACUAUUGUUUACAGGAUUUGGCUGCUCUAUUAAGGCCAGGAACCUACAGCCUGUUGUUAUCCACCCAGGAUACCACCAGGGUGGGCCGAAACACCGGGCCCAUUGAUAGUCCUUGGAGAAGAUCCAGGAUGAGAGGCUGGGGCAGCAGCAGUGGGAGCGUUAGAAUGACUGCCACAGGCACUUCCAACAAUGUCCUGCUGUCUGGGAGGGUGCAAAGGUUUUUCCUUUGCCUCAGACCCACAGUGUGACUAUUGUUCUAGGUCUGGGGAAGGGAGUGGGAGAGAGUGAGCACUUCAUUCCAGCAUAACCCCUCCCUUCCCUGCCCUGGCUGUGGGGAAAGGAUGAUGAAGAGAGACUUCAUAGGAUGAUGGCGAAGCUCAAUGGUGGUUUGUGGUAGACAGGAAACCUUCUGUAUUUGUGGUUCACCAUGAAGCUCAUGCAACUAGUGCUGAAGACAGCGCACAUUUCCCAACAGCUCCCCCUUUUCAGUCCUUUUCGAAUUCUGAUUACAUCAGAGCUUUUAAUAGACUUGUUAAUAUCUUGUAGAUCAGACUGAGACUUUGUCUCCUAAACCUUUCGUAGGCAAAGGGGAAUUGCCCAGGCAGUUGUUCCUUCAGUAAUUGCAGGGCUUAGGGGCAACUUACCAUUGAACAUUCCCUGAUAAUAGUGUCCCUAUCUAUACUCCCAUAGCUUCAUGGAAUUUCCCAGAGCCCAUUCCUUGAGGUGGGCACGCCACAGGACUGUACCAAAUGAACUUCCAAAGAGCCAUAAAAAAACUGAGCAGAAUAAAGACCCUGGAUGGAAUCUCCA